UUUAUCAUGAUGGGAGACGAUAUCAGUGAGGACGUGUUCGAGGUCGAGAACAUCGUUGAUGCUAAAAUCUCGAAGGGGCAACCUCUGUACCGCGUGCGCUGGAAGGGUUUCGACGACUCUCAUGACACGUGGGAGCCGAGGGAAAACCUCUUGACGUGCGACGCUAUCUUAGACGGCUUUUUGAAGACGCGCUGUCGAAAGAGUGUAAGAGAGUGUAUAGAUUUCCUGCAGGAUGAGAACGAGAGGAAGGCAAAGAAGACGAAGGCAAAGUCUACUGCCAGAGCGUUCGACAAAAGGGAUGCGGUCAAUUCUGACGACUCGUUUAUAUUUUCAUCCGGGAAAUACGAUGGUGGGCCAAAAGAGUGCGUGCUAGAGGCGAGACAAGUCGUCGUCAAUAACUCUAGUCAGGAAAAUUUGAAUAUCAGUGAUAGUUUAAACAGUUUGAAACCGAAACCGGCUGGAACAGUUUCUAUAGAACAGGAAGCUAAAGACAUUUAUUUUGAUCCUGCACCUGGCAUUGCUUUGAAUAAAGGCGAUGAUGAGUUUCCUCUCACUUUGAAAGAACUGACGAUGAUGGGUGGAACAAGAAGUGAAACUCGGAAGGUAGUUGCUGUAUCGGAAGAAAAGGGUUCAAACAAAUACGUUAGUCCAACUAGGAGAGUUAGAAAAAGUAUUAAACGCGAGCAAUGUUUUGAUCCUGUAACGGGUGAACCUAUUCGUCGUCCAAGAGGAAGACCUAAAAAAUACAAAUUAGAAUCAGCAUUUCGGACACAACCUGGAAAUAUUGAAAGCUCAAAGGAGGUGAAUAUAAAGACUGGCAAAAGUGAGAAAUUAGCCAAAGACAGGACUGAUAAAACAAUGGUUGAUUUUGAUGUGAACUCUGAUUUGGAUGAUGAUAAAGAUGUAGUUGUAUCACCAAAGAGAAAAAGGAUGUGUCUCAUUGAUGAAGAUGAAGAUGAUGGUGAUGAGGAUGAUGAUGAUGAUGAUGAUGAUGAUGAUGAUGAUGAUGAUGAUGAUGAUGAUGAUGAUGAUGAUGAUGAUGAUGAUGAUGACCAUGAUGAUGAUGAUGACCAUGAUGACGGAAACAUGGGAAUUGAGAUAAAGAAAGCAGGAGAUGGAUUGGUGGAGAAUAGUAAAUCAGAAGUUGUGUUGAGCAGGGGAUUGUUUGACAAGUUCUCAAAGCCGGAAAUUGAUGCGGAAACAAAUGUACAGAAACAAGCAGACAAUGCUGAUUGCUUUGAAAAUGGUAUCGACUUGUCAAGCUCUCAGGGAGGAAUUGUGUUUGAAAGUGGUCCUUCUGUACUAUGUGUAGGCAAGAGUUGUAUGGAAGAUAGUACAGUUCCUACAACAGUUUCACUACCUUUGUUUGGCACUCUAGACACAGAACCAACCAGUGAUACAAAAGGUAGUAAUGUUGCUAAUGUUGAAAAAACUGAAGGCAGUUCUCAGACAUUUCAAGAAAAUCAUGAUAAUGAUGGCAGUCAACCAGCACAUGAUGACGAUUUAGAGUUUGACUUUGAUGACUUCUCUCCUCAUGAGGACUGUGAUCUAGAAAUAACUGACGGCAAAAGUGGAAAUGAUACAACUGGAGAAUUCAUUCCUUUUGUUCAGUUGAAACAAGCUGUUCGAGACGGUGAUGUUGACGUUGUACACCGAGCAGUAGAUGCCAAGUGUGAUUUGGAUCAGGCAGAUGGUCUCAGUGGAAUGACUUUGUUGAUGUGGGCUGCCAUGGAAGGUCAAGUUGAGAUAGCUGCCCUUCUUAGUCGAGAGGCUGAUGUAAAUUCAAAACAAAGAAAUGGAUCAACAUCACUUAUGGUUGCUGCAGAGCAGGGAUUUGAGAAUAUUUGUGAGAUUUUGAUAUCAGCAGGUGCACAUCUGAAUGUUGCACAGCAGACAGGAGAAACAGCUUUAAUGAAGGCAGCCAAAAAGGGGCACAUAGGAACAGUCAGCUUGCUGUUGAGGAAGGGAGCAGACUUUCGAGCUGAGUCAAGUUUCGAUCAUUCUGCAUGGAGUUAUGCACAGCGGAAUCAUCAUUUAGAUGUACAGACUCUGAUCACUCAUCACACAACAAGAGUAACAAGAAUAUUUGAGGUAAAGGCUGGAGAGAUCGCCAGUAGAGAGGAGGAGGCUCUGGUCAUGCCAGCUAUUCUGCCUCCAACAUUACGUAUACCAUCAGAGCAGCAAAAGCUAGACUUUGCCUUCUCUCUUACACCAGCUCACAAAAUGGACGGCUGUGAAGCAAACUUGUUCAUUCUAACAGUGCAACUGGACACACAUGGAAGUAUGACAAUGGGAGAAUUACCUGCUGUCACCCAGUAUAACUUCUCAUGCCAUUUCAGUGGAGGAAGAGUCAGCUGGAAGAAUGCUUCCGUCUGCCUGCUGCCUUCUCUCUCUCCACAAAACAAACUCGAAUUUCUGGCAGCUGGUUUCAAGUCACACGAGGAUGUCCUUGCUGUUGGCGUCUAUAUAGUAAAGAAGGCCGGGAUUAGUCACUAGUGAAGAAUGAUAACAGUGUAGAAAAGAGCUUUGUACUGGCCCUCUUACAUCCUGAUGAAGUACUUUUCUUAUACUCUACUCUCUACGAGUGUUUGCCAUACUAUAGUUUCAACUGUUAAAUUAAUCUUACUCUCAUUUCUAUAGAAAAAAUUGUGCACAACUUUUA